UUCCGGAGCGGGGCAGUACCGGAAGCGGCAGGCGGAGCCCGGCAGGAGGCAAUUCGAGGGUCUGGGUGCAAAAGCCCAGGAAUAGGAGUCGCAGGCAUGCUGCGUCCCAAGGCUUUGACCCAGGUGCUAAGCCAAGCCAACACUGGAGGUGUCCAGAGCACCUUGCUGCUGAAUAACGAGGGAUCUCUACUGGCCUAUUCUGGUUACGGGGAUACGGACGCCCGGGUCACCGCAGCCAUCGCCAGUAACAUCUGGGCCGCUUACGACCGAAACGGGAACCAAGCGUUUAAUGAAGACAAUCUCAAAUUCAUCUUAAUGGACUGCAUGGAGGGCCGCGUAGCCAUCACUCGAGUGGCCAACCUUCUGCUGUGUAUGUAUGCCAAGGAGACCGUUGGCUUCGGAAUGCUCAAGGCAAAGGCCCAGGCCUUGGUGCAGUACCUGGAGGAGCCCCUCACCCAAGUAGCAGCAUCGUAAUGGACGUUGGUGGAAGUAGGGGUCAGGCAAGAGAGAUGACCAUUUCGAGGGGCAAGGCCCCCUCGGGAAACCUUCCUGGACUGUGGGGGGAGGGUGGGGCU